AUGUACAGCCCCGAGCUCGCUGCCUCGCCGUCGCUCUCCGUCACCAUGUUAUUGUCCGGCCACGCUGAUCUUCGAAAAGGUGACGCGGGGACCGACGGGCGCGAGUCGGACGGGCUGCGCCGCAAGGGGUGCCGCGAGACGGUCGUCGGCGGCGGGGCCAAGAAGAAGAAGGCGAAGCGGAAGCGCGGCUGGGUCUAUCUCAACGACUGGGGGUGGGACCCGACGGACGAGUUCGUCAUCGAGCGGCUGAUUGGCAAGAUGGUUGCCGACGGCGGGGACGUGCCGGGGCGGGAGGGGGAGGAGAUCGCGGCGGGGACGGUGCUCUACAAGGUGCUGUGGGAGGGCUGGCCCCCGGAGAUCGCGACGUGGGAGGAGGAGGACCAGGUGCCGUGCGGGGAGGUCGACUUUGUCGCUGACUACGAGGCGGCGCUCGAGGCGGAGGAGGAGGACGAUGACGAGGAGGGCGAGGAGGGCGAGGGCGAGGACGCUAUGGAGGCCUAG